AUGUCAGGACAGCUCAACGACGUGUUCAGUAUCGAGGACUACAUGAGGGCGAAUGAAGCUGAACAUGUAGCUCGGUUGGCCGCUCGCGAGACAAAUAAACAAAUGCCGCCGACGAAGAAACCCAAGACUAGCGAGAACAACACUCCCCUCCAGCCUGUUGCUGUCGGUGCGAGAUCCUCGGACCAUAUGGUUGCACUGCAUGAUAAGUUCCAGAAGUUGGGCAUCCCGCAGCCCAUCUUCACAUUCGCCGGACGCAGCGAUUUAGGCUGGACAGUCGAGGUCAGCUUCCCUGGUAUGGACGUCGCGGAGCUGCAGAACGGGUUGAAAGAGGAAGGGAUGUUCAACAGUAAGCCGGAGGCUAAGGAGGCCAUCAGUAAGAGUGCGUUGGAGCUUAUCUUGGCGUUGGAGAACGAGGGCAAAGUCACGAAGCCGGAGAAGGCUAAGAAGGGGAAGGCGGGUGUGACGGCGUCGGUGUCGCAGCUGGGGGAGGGACAGAAAGUGGAGCAGGGCCCAAACUAUGUUGGACAGCUCUUGGAAUUCCAGCGCGCAAGAUCUGCCCCCCAACCAACAUACACCGACUACGCAGUCGGCACCCGCUUCGCCUGCCUCCUAAGCCUCAGCUCCCACGCGGACGAGUUCGGCUCCCUAGAAUCGACGCACAGCACUAAGAAAGCCGCUCGACAAGAAGCCGCCCGCCACGCCGUCGACCACUUCAAAGCCCAAGGGCUCUGGCCCGAAUCCUUCACAGACGUCGGCGGCAUCAAGAAGAAAAAAGCGCAAUCCACCACCCCACAAAUCAUACCCAGCAAAACCCCAUCCUCCUCCUCUCCCGCCAACGACAACAAAACCUCCGGCCCCAUCCCCCUCUCAACAACAACCUCAGGCCAAACCUCCUACGCCCAGCGCGUCGCACAACUCGCCGCAGACCUCUCCCUGCCAACCCCAGAGUGGAUCUACACGGCCUCGCCGAACCCCGCGCACAAAGAUUUCCACAACGUGGUUUGUGUGUUCCGCCACAGCGGCCAACACAAGGGCCCGAUUGGCGAGGUGCGCAAUGUCUUCGGCAAGAAGAAGGCGAAGGAGGAGUGUGCGCGCUUGACGCUCGAGUAUCUUGAGGAGGUCAUGCAGCAGCGGGUUGACUACGGGAUGAAGAUGAUGCAGGGGAUUCGUGGGGCGGAGAGUGCAAGGGAUGGCGCGGUGGGGACGGCGCUUGAGGGUGAGGCGGAGGCGGUUAGGAAGAAGAGGGAGGUGGUUGUGGAUGAGGAUGAGGAUGCGUUUGAGGAUGCUAUGGAGGAGGUUGAGACUUGA